CUAAUUAGCUAUAAAUAGAGCUUAAAAGAAAACAGUUUCAGUUAAUAAUAUAUCUCUGCUAGUCUUCCGUGUUAUUUGUUAUCCCACAUCCCCACUUCUCUUUUUCACCUGACUACUAUUUAAACAGCACCGGAGCAAAAGAGUCUCCUCAUAACCAUCAAACGACACUAGUUGUAUGCGUUUCAUGCAGAGAAUAUAUCAUGGCCGUUUCCUUCCUACCUUAUUGUCUCAUUCUUUCUUUCUUCUCAGCCAUUUCCAUUACACAAGCAAGUUCGGGAAGGAUCGGAGUCAACUACGGUCGAAUAGCUAACAAUCUCCCGCCGCCGGAGAACGUAGUGAACCUCCUCAAAUCACAAGGAAUCAACCGUAUCAAAAUCUACGACACCGACAAGAACGUACUAACCGCGCUCGCACACUCAAGAAUAAAAGUAGUCGUGUGUCUCCCCAACGAGCUUCUCUCUCGAACCGCAUCCGACCAAUCAUUCGCCGACAAAUGGGUUCGACGCAACAUCAGAAAACACUUCCCGGCGACGGAGAUAGAGGCUAUCGCCGUCGGUAACGAGGUCUUCGUCGAUCCUAAGAACACGACGCCUUACCUCGUCCCCGCAAUGAAAAACAUUCACACCUCUCUGGUCAAGUACAAUCUCGACAAGUCGAUCAAGAUCUCGUCUCCUAUCGCUCUCAGCGCGCUAGCUAACUCGUACCCGCCUUCUUCCGGUUCUUUCAAACCGGAUUUGGUCGAACCGGUUAUUAAACCGAUGCUUGAUUUGUUGCGUAAAACGUCGUCGUAUCUCAUGGUGAACGCUUACCCGUUCUUCGCCUACUCAGGGAACGCGGAUAAAAUCUCCUUGGACUACGCUCUCUUCAGAGAUAACGUUGGGACUGUAGAUCCCGGUAAUGGGCUGAGAUACAACAGCCUCUUUGACGCUCAACUUGACGCCGUUUACGCAGCCAUGUCCGCCGUCGGAUUUAACGACGUCAAAGUGAUGGUGACGGAGACAGGUUGGCCUUCCGCCGGAGACGUUAACGAGAUCGGCGCAAGCGAAGCCAACGCGGCGGCGUAUAACGGCGGACUCGUGAAGAGAGUGUUAAACGGUAACCGAACGCCGUUAAGACCGAAGGAGCCGCUCAACGUGUUUCUGUUCGCUUUGUUUAACGAGAACCAGAAGCCGGGACCCACGUCGGAGAGAAACUACGGGUUGUUUUACCCCAACGAGAGAAAAGUGUACGCCGUUCCGUUUCUCGUAAACGGUAACAGAGAACAGGCUCCGGUGGCUCACGAGGGAGAAUCGUGGUGCGUGUCGAACGGAGACGCGGCGAAGGAAAAGCUCCAGGCAGCUCUCGAUUACGCCUGCGGAGAAGGAGGAGCUGACUGCCGUCCGAUCCAGCCGGGUGCCACGUGUUACAAUCCUAAGUCGUUAGAGGCGCACGCUUCGUUCGCGUUCAACAGUUACUACCAGAAAAACGCACGUCGUGUUGGCACGUGCUAUUUUGGUGGGACUGCUCACGUGGUCACGCAACAUCCUCGAUACGGGAAAUGCAAGUUUCCCACGGAACAUUGAGGCAAAUUUAAUUAAUUAGCGGCAUUAUGACUGUUUUUAAUAUAGUACUUUGUUUUGCUAAUCUGAAAUAUAUUUUGUUGACUGUAUAAAACACA